ACAAAAAAACGUGUAGUUUGUUAUUGAAAGUCAAACUGAAAAAAGGUGUUUUUGAGCUUCUUGAUCGGUUGUUUCGCUCGAAAAGAUGUUAUGAGUUAAGGAGUGCUAUGAGGUAAACGAUAAAUAAUUGAUUCUAUUGCUGACAAUACGAUUUUGAUAGAAAAAUCAUGUUUGGAAUACGUUUUCGCGACGUUCGAGUUCUGUCAUCGAAAUUGUCGAUUGCACGUGCACAAACUGUUUGUAAUUGUAUGUGCAUUAAUGAUCAUAUCAGUAGGCGAUAUAGUAGUAGCAAAAGAGACAAAAGUCCAAUUCGGAAGCCUGGUAAAUUACAUGCUACCAAAAACUUAAAAUUACAUGCCAAACCAAGAAGAGUUUCUCCAUCUUCUGGCUUGAAACGUCCCACCAUCAAAGAACGAAUUAAAAAGCCUACAGAGGAUAAAACUUUGUUUGCACCAUUAACAGUUGAUCCAGUAUUAAAAAGUGGAGAAAAUGAAGAUAUAGGAACAGAAUUAGCCGGGAAACUGACAAAAGAGGAAAAGGCACAGAUUAUAAAGUCUUUUUAUAUGGAUAACUCAUUGGGUUUGCUUGCCAGCCAACAUAGAAUAGAAGGAGAGAUUUUUGAGUCAGCCAUGACGUCUUUUAGAAAGUACUGUGUCAAUUCAACACAACUCCCUGUAGAGCUGCAUAUAGUAUUCAGAGAUCUUGUAGAGAAGCAUGGUCAUGUUUCAGAUUUGUUUCCAUUCUUCUUGGAACAUACAAAGAUCGUAUUUCCUCACCUUGAUUGUAUAGAGGACCUUCAAAAAAUUAGUGAUCUAACAGAACCUAGUGCAUGGUAUCCUUUAGCCAGAUCUAUACAAAGGAAAAUUAUAUUUCACGCAGGACCUACCAACAGUGGAAAAACAUACCAUGCAUUGAAGCGUUUUAUGGAGUCCAAGUCAGGGGUAUACUGUGGACCUCUUAGGCUGCUUGCUAUGGAAGUCUAUGACAAAUGUAGAGAUGCUGAAGUUGAUUGUGAUUUGAUAACUGGGGAGACGAGAAGUUUUGCCAAUGAGGAUGGGUCAGCGUCUGAUCAUGUAGCUUGCACUGUUGAAAUGACAAGUCUUACCCAGGAAUAUGAUGUAGCAGUUAUAGAUGAAAUACAAAUGAUUGGAGAUCUACAGAGAGGAUGGUCAUGGACGCGAGCAUUGCUUGGUAUUGCUGCCAAGGAAGUGCAUGUGUGCGGUGAAGAAACAGCUAUAAAUCUUGUGAAAAAUUUACUGUAUACUACUCAUGAUUCUUUUGAGGUACGAGAGUAUAAGAGGUUGACAAGUUUAACAUACCUGGAUGCUGCUGUUGGCAACUUCGACAAUAUCAAGAAAGGAGACUGUAUUGUAUGUUUUUCUAAGAAAGAUAUUUUCAGAAUAUCUAAUAUACUUAGUGCCAAGGGAUAUAAUGUUGCACUCAUAUAUGGAGAUUUACCACCAGGUACAAAAAUAGUACAGUCAAGAAAAUUUAAUGACCCAAAUGACCCCACUGAUGUGCUUGUAGCAACAGAUGCUGUUGGAAUGGGAUUGAACCUUUCCAUUAAACGGAUAAUAUUUUAUUCAUUGAUGAAAUUUUCAUUACAAGAAGAUGAUAGACACAAACAGGGCUAUCUGUCUACAUCACAAGCUCAGCAGAUUGGUGGAAGAGCGGGGAGAUUUAGGACACAAUUUGAGGACGGGGAGGUGACCACUUUCUGGCCCAAGGACGUUAAAGUCCUGAAAAAUAUAGUGAAUACAGAGAAGACCCCACUGGAAAAAGCUGGUAUGCAUCCGACUACAGAGAUGAUAGAGAUGUUUUCAUAUCAUCUUCCGAAAGCUACACUCUCAAAUCUUUUAGACAUUUUUGUACACGUGUGUAAACUGGACGACAUAUACUUUAUGUGUAACUUGAAGCAGUUUAAAGAACUAGGGGAGAUAAUACAGCAUGUUCCACUUCCUCUCCGUACAAGAUGUACAUUAUGUUCAUCACCUUUAAAGAUUAAAAAAGGCAUGGCUCAGGUCAUGUUUGUAAAGAUUGCCACUGAAAUGAGCAAAGGGGUUCCGAUGACAUAUGACUGGCUGUGUAGGAUGCUGGGGGCCCCGUUCGUCAUUCCCCGAUCCAUGGCUCAGUUAGAACAAUUAGAGGGAGCAUUUGAUGUUGUUGACAUCUAUUUGUGGCUGAGUUACAGAUAUCCGGACUUGUUUGUUGAUGCUGACGAGGUUAGACAACUUCGAAUGAAACUUGACUCUAUUAUUCAAACAUAUCUUAGCCAAGGAAUGACAAAAGGUAAAUCGUCUCUUGUUCAUGAACUUUAUGACAAAACAGCCGCUGUCCCGCCAGACGACAAACUUUUAGAACAGAGUCCACUGCAAGCAUACACCCCUAAGCCAAAGCCUAAGAGAGAUGAUGACAAGCACAGAGUAUUUGCUAAUGCUUACAAAGAAUUGGAAAGAAUCGAACAAAGUGAUUACGAGUUUACUGAUUUAAGUGAUCCUUUACCAUUUAAAGAUAAUUAUACAGAUACAAAACAUUCAGAAAAACAGAAGGAUAUGGAUGAAUUAACUAAAGAUUUGAAUUUAAAAGACAAAUCUGAAGAAAAACGACAUAAUUUGUGGCAAUUUGAUGAGGUCCAGGAAGCAAAAACUGUGAAAAAGGAGGAUAAACUGAAAAGUCUAUUUUCUGGGAAAAGUAAACAGUAUAAUGCAAUCGCUGGUACUUACGCAUCAAAUAUAUUUUCUAGUGACAAUGAUGGUAAUAUUGAAAGGAACCAAGAACCACCAAAUGUUUCAGAAAAUACAGAAACUGAUACAGUGAAUGAAUAUGAAGCAUAUGUAGGAAUGGACGAUGAAGAGUUAGAGGCUUUAAAGAAGAUACUGACAAUAUCAAAAGAGAUAAAAAAGCAUAAGAUGGAGCACCAGAGUCCAGUAAUGGACCAAGGAGAAGUACGUGUAUUUGGAAGUAUGAUAAGUUCUGAUAAAGAGAUACCCAAGCUCGAUACUUUGGUGCAUAUUUUACCAAAGAAAAUAAAAAAGAAACAAAAGGUCAAAGAAAAAUAUUUCAGAUCUUUACUUAAAAAAGAUACACUUGAUUCUCCUGGAGAAGAAACAUCUGGAAAUGUACAGGAUUUGGACAAUGUAAAUACACAAACUGACAUAGAAGCUGACUCUGCAUUAAAAGAUAAGGAAAGUGUUGAACAAAAACUCCUUAAAAAAGGUGUUUCUGCAGAGAUGCUAGAAAAGUUGAAGAAAGAAUGGCAAAAAUCGACAAUGAAAGAUGAAAAUAGUAAUGACAAGAUUAAAGAUGUUGAAAACAAAUGAUUAUAAUCAUGAUUAUAUAUAAGUUUGAUUCAGUGAUGGUCUAGAUGGGCCGUCAAAGUCCAUAGUCCUUUACCCAGUUAAGGUUAGUUACAUGCUCAUUACCGCACGUUGCAUUUUCUUAUGUUGAGCAGUUAGCAGUAAUGAAGAGGAUAUUUUGAUGGGUCACAUUCUUGAUAUGUUUUAAGCUUAUAAAAGAGUUUGCCAAUAAGCCAAUAGUCUGUCAGAUGACUGAAGAGAUAUGUCUAAUGGCAAGGGGCAUAGUUAUCAUUGGUUGCUUGUUGUAUGAAAUUCUUCUAAAAUGAAUUCAAGAUGCUUGUAACAAUUAUAUAAGAGUUUUAUUGCUAUUUUAACAUCACCAUCAUAUUUUUUAUGUCAACAAUUCUGUGAUAAAACAGUUUCAUGAUGUGAUUAAAUAGUUGAACAUGA